AUGAAAAAGGUGUUUACAUUUCUUCCUGGCCGCUCCAAUGGCACAGAUCGCAAUUCAGCUGACAAUUUUGGGAGUGCCUCUAAACGGCGUGAACAACUCCGAAAGGCGCAACGAACACACCGCCAGCGCAAGCAUCAAUAUUUCAAGAGUUUAGAAGCUGAAGUUUUGCGUCUACGUGCCAAUGAAGUGAAUUUACUUGCUCGAGUCCAAACUUUAAACGAUCAUGUCAACCUACUCCAGAGGACCCUUGAGCAACAUGGGCUAUCCGAAGUCGCUGCGCUCACCGAAAAAUCAGAAACAAUCAAUGGUGGUGUGCCAGAUUCGGCCAUGAACAAAGAGCCAAUUCAGUGUUCCGGACAACUGAGCAAUGGGGUUAACUCAAGAGACCUAGCGGAUAUGGAUAUUGAACUGACCGAUCCAUCAACGCAUCCGACCAGGCAAGACCGUUUAGAUCAAGUUAUCUCGGACGCCUUGCCAAAGUCCCAUGCUGAACUAAUUAGGCCAACAAACAUUCAAAAGCUCGAUCAGCUUUCCGGUCCACUAGUUGUCGCUUCUCAAUUAAAGGAACGACAAUAUAGAUGUACCGGCCUGAUAUGUAAUCAAGACAUGACUGAUAUGGGGAUGGAAUUCGUCAUGGCACUUGAGGACCCUUGUCGUCCUCAUAUGGAGCUUCAUUUAGACAAGCCUAAUGGCCAUGCUCUCCUUACAUCGGCUACUCUCAUUGCCCCACAUCAUCACCAGCAUCCCCUGCUCACAGCUUCAAAACAUACACAACAGUCCCAGACAGAACAAAACCCGGCCACUAUUUUCGAAAAUCUACUAGCCUUGUCUGGACAACUGGUUGUCGAGGACGAGCUUAGCCCAAUCCAGGCUUGGUAUUAUAUCCUUCAACAAACCUGGGCCAGCAAGCUAGAUCCUGGAAAGCUAAGGAAGCUGAGUUCGUCGCUUUUGAAGCUGAUUGAAUGCCAUGGUUUCGGUGCUGUCAUGCAGAAAAAUGCGUUUGAGAAUAUUUUACUCCAAAAUCUUUCGAGAACAGGCUUGAAUUAG